AUGGCAAUUGAGGCCACAAUAAAGCAGGGCGAUGUCGCGCUAGAAAAGGGAGACUUCAAAGAAGCCAUCACAAAGUAUUCCGACGCCUUGAGAGAAAACCCAGCCGCAUUCAACCCACUAAUCAAGAGAGCUCAAGUCUACACCAAAACGAAAGAGUACGAUCUCGCAAAAACAGACAUCCGGGAUGCGUUGAACCUCGCCGAGAAACGAGGCAAGAUGCACGAAAAGGCGUCAUGCUACUUCAGGCUCGGAAUCACCCUUUAUGGAGAGAAGAACUACCGGGAAUCACUCACCAAUUUCCAAGAGGCUCUUCGCCUCAAAUGCAGCGAGCCUGCGUUGCCAAUUUGGAUCGCCAAGGCUGAGAGAGACUUGAAGAAAUCAGAAGCGGUUCAGCUGGAUGCCAAUCCAGUGACAGGCCAGGAAAAGAGCACCUCUCUUGCUGCCAUUAAUCAGCAUGCACCACUUAAAGCCAAAAUCAGAGACGAUUGGUAUCAGGACAAUGAGAGUGUGACGGUGACUAUAUAUGCGAAAAACGUGGCCAAAGAUUCUGUCCAAACAGAGUUCACAGACCAUUCUGUAGCGCUCUCAUUCCCUAGCGCUGGCAAUUCUGAGUAUCACUACAAUCUCGACCCGCUUUAUGCCGCCAUCGAUCAAACGCAAAGUUCAUGUAGAGUAUACUCGACCAAAAUCGAAUUGACUCUCAAAAAAGCGGUCGCUGCGAAAUGGGCUACGCUUGAAGGUAAUGGCACCCAAGAUUCCACCACCAACACUAGCAGCAUGUCCUAUCCUACGUCUUCAAAGAAAGCCAUUGACUGGUCAAACUUCAACGUGGGCGACGAUGCAGACGAGUCCGAGGAUUUCUUCCACAAACUUUACAAAGACGUCGACGAAGACACCAGAAGAGCGAUGAUGAAAUCGUAUGUAGAGUCCAACGGCACUGUUCUCACCACCAACUGGUCUGAAGCCAAACUGAAGACGUUUGAGGCCAGUCCGCCCGAGGGAAUGGAGGCCAAGAAAUGGUGA